GCGCGUGAAGCCGCAGUGGCUGUGAUAAACCACGUGACGCGGUGAUCCGGGUGUCAGCUGUGGAAGAGAAACAGGUGUUAUUCCUUUGUAAAUACUGUUAUUUGUAUAUACUGUAAAUGAUGACUUCAGUGGGCGGAAGCCGGACCCGGGGAAACUGGGAGCAGACGCAGGGUCAGACACAGAGCCAGUCACAGCACAAGCAGAGGCCUCAGGCCACCGCUGAGCAGAUCCGACUCGCGCAGAUGAUCUCAGACCAUAAUGAUGCAGACUUUGAAGAGAAGGUCAAACAGCUGGUUGACAUCACAGGAAAGGAUCAGGAUGAGUCCAUGAUAGCGCUUCAUGACUGCAACGGAGACGUCAACAGAGCCAUCAACAUCCUGUUGGAGGGCAGCCCUGACACUGACUCAUGGGAGAUGGUUGGAAAGAAGAAAGGAGUUUCAGGUCAGAAGGAAAGCGCACAGACGGAUGGAGGAGAUGAAGGGAAGGAGAACCGAGAGAAAGGAGGAGAAAGAGAUGUGGCACGUCGCAGAGGAGGGGCCCCGCGGAGGGGCCGUGGAGCCAGCCGCGGGCGAGAGUUCCGUGGGCAGGAGAAUGGGUUGGAUGGGGCCAAGGCAGGUGGAGUUGCAGGCAGAGGAAUGGAGCGAGGCCGUCGGGGAAGAGGCAGAGGAAGAAGUGGAGCUGGAAGGCGAGGAGGGAGGUUUUCAGCUCAGGGCAUGGGCCAGAUUGAUAAGGGCCCCAGAUAUGAUUUGUCAGGAGAUGAGAGUACGUUUAACCCAGCGGACUACACUGAGCCAGCCCAAACAGAGGAGAGCUACACAAGCGGCAGCGCUUGGAGUAACACAGGCAACCUGGAACCCGAGGAUGGAAACAGACUUGAGUUUACAGGUGGAGAGGGAACAAACUAUCCUCGAAAGUUUGACUCGGCCCCUGGUGCUUGGAGAACUGCCACAGAAGAGUGGGGCAUGGAGGACUGGAAUGAGGAUUUGUCAGAGACCAAGAUAUUCACUGCCUCCAGUGUGGCAUCCAUGCCCAUUCCACAGGAGAAUGUCACCAUUACUGCUGGACAGAGGAUUGAUCUGGCGGUGUUGCUGGGGAAGACGCCUCCCUCCUCUUCCUCAGAGGCAGAGCCUGCUUCGCUUGAAGGCCCACAGCCGCCAUCUCUGUCUCAGUCUUUGGUGUUCAGCAGCUCAAAGCAGACAGCAUCACUGUCCCAGUCCUCCUCCGGUGCUCCUUACAGCCAGCACAGCAUGGUGAGCAUGCUCGGUAAGGGUUUUGGUGAUGUUGGUGAUCCAAAAGGAACCACUGGAGGAUCCACGACUGGUUCUCAGUUUCUGGAGCAGAUUAAGACAGCCCGGGCUUUGGCCCAGCUAGCAGCCCAGCACUCACAAAGCGGCCCACCCAAUGUUGGUCCUUCUACCUGGGAUACCAGCCCCACUACACUGGGGCAGUACGAUAUGAAACCUCAAACAGAGCCUGUGCACAGUCCCUUCACCAAACGGCAGCCCUACCAGCCCACCUCCACUUCCUCCUCCAUGAUGGAUGCCUUCUUGCAGGACAAAGCCACACCUGCUUCUACCACCUCAACCCUGCCUCCUCAGUCCACCCCAUCGUCAUCAUUGCCCCAGGCCAUCACCAUCCCUCUCCCCAAACCCUCGGGACCCACCCCAGGUCGGCAGAACUCUUCCAGCCCAGCCGACCCACAGGCAUCCAGCCCACUACCCCUGCAGCAGCACAAACUUAAACCGCAGAAGAAGAGGGCUUCCAUCACAACCAAGAUUCCAGCCUUAGCAGUGGAGAUGCCAGGCUCUGCGGAUAUAUCUGGGCUCAACCUGCAGUUUGGAGCAUUACAGUUUGGCUCUGAACCGGUGCUUCCGGAGUACGAUGCCUCGGCAGUUGUUGCCACAACGACACCAGGCAACCAAGGCCAGAACAGCCUUUACACAAGUGCUAGCAAUGAGCAAGCAACAGCCCUGUCCAACCCCAGUCAGAAGGAGCUUUAUGAGCCAAGAGCCAGCCAAACAAGGCGCUACCCUCCUUCUGUGUCCUCCUCACCACAGAAAGACAUUCAGUCAAAGAAUGGGUUCAGUUCGAUGCAGACGUCACAAUCUAUGGAAGCUGCAGCAGGCUCUGCAGUACCCGUGAAACCGGCGUCCGAAUCAGUCGUCCCACCAUCGGUUUCCAACAUAUCCUCAUUGGCUGACCCUUCAUCAGGUCCUCCUUCCCUGCAGACGCCUCUCAGUGCUCUCGGACACGAAGACACCUCGCCCAGCUCACUGACCCCUCCUCAGCACAAUAACUCCCUCCCUACACAGCAAAACAGUUUGGCACCUUCUUCAGUUCGCACUUCGAACACAAGUCUGCUGCACCCAAGCGUAGAUGGCGAUUCCAGCUUGCACUCCUCAUCUUUCUCGUCGGUCUCUGCUGUGGCUCCUUCUUCAGUUCCCCCACCCUCUUCAGCUACUUCAGCGGCCCCUGUUUCCCACAGCGUCCCUGUUGCCCCCUCUUCAUCUGUCAGUUCGGUCUCGGCGCAGUCUACACUGGGCCCAGUCAGCAGUCUGACCAUGGUAUUGAACAGUGUGGCUUCAAUGGCCCCCCCUACGGCUGCUGCAUCAUCAUCUGCUGCCUUGGCCAUUGCAGCACCUUCAUCUGCCUCAUCAUCUCGCAGCACGGCUGCCUUAGGGAAAGCACCUCCAAACCUGCCUCCUGGAGUGCCGCCCUUGCUGCCCAACCCUUACAUUAUGGCUCCUGGCCUGCUUCACCCAUACCCACCUCAAGUGUAUGGCUACGAUGACUUACAGAUGCUGCAGACCAGGAUACCACUGGACUAUUACAGCAUCCCAUUUGCUACUCCAACCACAGCACUGACUGGCAGGGAAGGCAGUUUGACAAGCAACCCUUAUUCUGCUGGCGACCUGUCGAAGUUUGGCCGUGGCGACGCAUCGUCUCCUGCCCCAGCCACAACAUUGGCCCAGCCUCAACAGACCCAGACACAAACACACCACACCACCCAGCAGCCGUUCCUUAACCCAGCCCUUCCACCGGGAUACAGCUACACCAGCCUGCCCUAUUAUACUGGUGUGCCUGGUCUGCCAAACACCUUUCAGUACGGCCCUGCCAUGUUUCCGGUGGCUCCUACCUCCUCUAAACAGCACGGUGUGAAUGUCGGUGUCAAUGCGUCUGCAACACCCUUCCAGCAAGCUAGCGGUUAUGGAUCACAUGGAUACAGCACUGGCUAUGAGGAUUUGGGCCAGGCUUCGGCAGGGAGCGGGGAUUUCUGUAAGGGCGGCUACGGCACCGCCGUUGCUGCUGCCGCCGCUGCUGCCGCUGCUUCUGUGCAAAACAAGCCCGCCAGCUCCGUCACCGGGCCCGGAGUGGGUGUCUCUGUGACAUCAAGCAACACAGGAGUCCCUGACAUUUCAGGGUCUGUUUACACAAAGACGCAGUCUUUUGAGAAGCAGGGUUUCCUCACAGGAACCCCCAGCGCGUCCUUUAGUUUGCCCUCAGCACUUGGGAGUGGCGGCCCCAUCAACCCUCCGGCUGCGGCGGGGUACGCUCCAGCCAGUGGCUCUGGGCAACGCAGUCAGAAUGCCUCCAUUCAACAGAAGGCACAGAUCAACAAGUCGGGAUACAACAGCUACAACUGGGGAGGCAAUUAA